CAUCUGAACAAAAAGUUUAACACUGACGUUCCACUUGUCCUGAUGAAUUCCUUCAACACUGACGAAGACACAAGGAAGAUCCUGCAGAAAUACACACACCACCGGGUGAAAAUUCACACCUUCAACCAGAGCAGAUACCCAAGGAUCAACAAGGAGUCUCUGCUGCCCAUUGCUACCAAUUUGGGGCUGAGUGGUGAGAACACAGAGGCCUGGUACCCCCCGGGUCAUGGUGACAUCUACACCAGCUUCUACAACUCGGGUCUGCUGGACAAACUCCUCUCUGAGGGACGAGAAUACAUCUUUGUGUCCAACAUUGACAACUUGGGCGCCACUGUUGACCUAUUCAUCCUUCAUCACCUGAUGAGUCAGCCAGCUGACAGACGCUGUGAGUUCAUUAUGGAGGUCACAGACAAGACUAGAGCUGAUGUGAAGGGUGGAACUCUGAUCCAAUAUGAGGACCAUCUGAGGUUGCUGGAAAUUGCUCAAGUCCCCAAGGCCCACGUUGACGAGUUCAAGUCUGUCACAAAGUUCAAAAUCUUCAACACCAACAACCUGUGGAUCUCGCUGCCUGCCAUCAAGAGUUUGCAGGAGCAGAACUGCAUGGACAUUGAGAUCAUCGUCAACCCAAAGGUGAAAGAUUUCUCUUUAUUUUACAUCAGGAGGCCUUUUAGGGUGGUUUUCAUUCCACGUCCAUAGAGCCAGUCAUUGCUGCUAGGUAUCAGCUCUGCUAGGAACCCUCCUUCGCCUAUGGCCCGGCAUGCAUCGCACCUGACCUUGAUGGUCCUCCCCGCUGGUGGUAGGUCUGCAUGAAGCAUGGACCCACCACCUCAAGUGGAGGAGUUUAAGUAUCUGGGUGUCUUGUUCACGAGUGACGGUAGGAUGGAGCGGGAGAUUGAUCGACAAAUUGGGGCCUCGUCCUCAGUAAUGAGGUUGUUGCUUCAGUCGAUCAUUGUGAAGAUAGAGCUGAGUUGAAAGGCAAAGCUCUUUGUUGAACUCUCACCUAUGGUCAUGGUUGGGAUUAUGACCGAAAGACUGAGAUACUGGAUAUAAGCAGCUGAAAUGAGCUUCCUUCGUAGGGUGGCUGGGCUCAGCCUUAGUGUGAGGAGCUCCGUCAUCCUGGGGGAGCUCGGAUUAGAGCCUCUGCUCCUCCACAUCCAAACGAUGGUUCGGGCAUCUGGUUAGGAUGUCUCCUGGACACCUCCCUUUAGAGGAAUGUCCCACUGAUAGGAGGCCCCAGGGAAGACCCAGGAUUUGCAGGAGGGAUUAUGCAUCCUCUCUGGUCUGGGAACACAUCUGGGUCCCCCAGGACAAGCCUGAAAGUGUCACUGGGGAGAGAGAUGUCUGGGUUUCUCUCCUGGACCUGCAGCCUCCGUGACCCAAGUACAGAUAAGCGGAAGAAGACGGAGAUGACAAUUUAGGGUCAUUAAUUUUUUGGUCAUAAUUGUUCUACUAUAAAGUUUUUAUUCUAAUCAGUUAAGAUUCGGUGCGGUGAGAGGCGCCGGGCAGGAGUGGGCAUACUUGUUGCCCCCCAU